AUGCAGACAUUACGAAGGGGGCCGCCUCUGCAUCUUUCAGCGUCCGAAGAAGAAGUGCUGGUGAAGAAGGUCCUUGAGACACACUCACCCGAUGGUCGCCACGUGGAUUCCGAGCUCCUUCUCAACCUAGUGGAGAGCAUCAUGGGCCAUGCUACCACUUCCAAUGCUCGAGUUCCUUAUGCAGAUCUAGAGGCAACCACCACCGAUAAUUCGCAUAAAGCUGAUGUCUUUCAUGUUUAUGAGCCAUUCGGACAAACCAUACAUAAGCUUUCACAUGAGAUGAUGACCAAGUGUUCUGGUGACUCGCAUGCAACAACGAUGAUGGUGUUCGAUCUGCUAGGGAGCCAUUCUUGGGAUGGGAAGUUGGUUCUUGUUAUUGCCGCAUUUGCAGUGAGCUAUGGAGAGUUAUUUCUCAUCACAAGGCAAAAGAGUUCAAUUGGGGUGAGAUGGGAACUUUGGAGCUUGGUCCACAAAGUGAGGAACACACAUGGUCACUUGCGAAAGCAGCUGGAUGCAUGCUACCAAUGCAUAGAAGCAAAACUCCAUCAUACACUCUUGAGUCUCUUUGAGGAGACCAAUGAUGACAACCUGAAGGUUCUCGGAAUGUUAUUAGCUCUAAAGGAUGACUUGCCACUCUGGGAUGGUUACUUACAAGAACAGAUCUGCAUCGAUGUACUAAAAAGCAAGAUUGUUUUACUCCUACUCUCGAAGAUAGACAUCUCCAUAGCGCAAGUGCUCCUUUUGCAACAGACAUAUGACCAUCCACAUCGCAAGUCAGAGAAGAGUUACGAAAUUGUUUGGAUCCCUUUCCAAAGUUCCGUUUCCUGGAAUCAUUUGGAAGUGAAAGCUUUUAAUCAAGUGGCAAACACUGUCCCUUGGUAUUCAAUAUGCAGACCUUGGUUACUUAGUUCUGCAGUGCUGAACUAUAUGAAAGAAGAGUGGAACUAUGAAGACGAGCCACUGAUAGUGGUGUUGGAUCAACAAGGAAGAAUCAUUUGUCCAAAUGCGAUGGAUAUGGUGAUAAUUUGGGGUGGAGACGCAUAUCCUUUCUCAACUUCAAGGGAGAAGCAACUCUGGGGAGAAGCAAGAUGGACUCUAGAACUUAUAAUGGGUGACAUCGAUCCUCUGAUGUCCAUGUGGAUAAAAGAAGGAAGAACCAUUUGCCUCUAUGGAAGCGACAACAUCAAUUGGAUUAGAGAAUUCAGCAGUAAGAUGAAAAGCAUAAUCAGAGCAGGCGUUUCAUUAGAGCUAAUAUAUGUUGGAAAUGGUAACCCAGGGGAGCAUGUAAGAGAAAUUCUAGAUACCAUAACAAAGGAAAACUUAAGUAGGUACUUACCACAAACAAAGAUACACUUCUUUUGGAUUCGAUUGAAUAGCAUGAGAAGUUCAAAAAAACGCCUUGGGAAGGAUAUCCAAAACGAUUCUGUCAUGGAAGAAGUCAUGUCCUUGCUCAGCCAUGGCAUUAGAGAGGAGGGUUGGGCAGUGAUGGGCCGAGGCUCAUCCACGGAUAUCAUACAACUUCAUGGAAGAAAACUCAUGGAAUGUUUGACACUCUUUCCAGUGUGGGGUGAUAACAUUGAGAAGGUGGGCCUCUUGAAUGCAAUAAGAAAAGCUUUUGAUCCUGCACAAGACGUGGUACAUUGCCACCACUCGCGUAUAGUUCCCUAUGCUGAGGGUACUGAUGAAGGGCUUGUUAUUUGUGACGAGUGCAAAAGACCCAUGGAGAAGCGCAUUCUAUAUCAAUGUCUUCAAUAUCCUGGGACGAAUGGUUAAUGGGAAAUGGUCUACUCUGUAUGUUUUUUUUUUCCCAUCAAUUGGCGCUACGGUAGAUUUUUGCGUUGUAGCACUUUUAAAUGAAGAAUAUGAUAUCACCCGUGCACUAGACAUGUUUAUGCUUACAUGGGAUUAAAAUGUUUUCAUCGUUGGUGGCCUAAUUUUUGUAUUUUUUUUUGUAUUUUUU